AUGUACACAGGAAUUGAGGAAGACAAGGUGCUGGCUACUACAACCAAGUUUUGGAAAACAUCAAAGGUCUUGAAGACAAAACACCGGUGCUUCCUUAAUCUUGUAAGGAACGGACUCUCUCAUUGGGGAUCGAGAGAGGUGGACGACAAGCGCAAUGAAUUGGACAAGAACAGGUGGUUCUUGAUAUUCCACUUGGUUAUACAAUCAGCUAAGAACCAGGAGGCUGUAGUGGACAGCAGAUUGGAUUGCAGGAGUGGAAGUCACUGGCUUGGUCCCGAAGUUUUACCCACAUUGGGGUUUCUCCGUCAUCAUAUCAUGAGUCAAUCACUGUUCGUGCCUCCGUAUUUUGACGAAAGCAACUAUGCCUACUGGAAGGUUAGGAUGCGUGCUUUUCUUAAAUCCUUAGACGAACGUGUUUGGGUGAGUGUACAAAAUGGUCGAAAACCUCCUUCUACAACUGUGUCAGGUGUUGUCAAUCUAAUUGAUAUUUCACUUUGGACUAAGGAAAAAUUAACUGAUUGCAAUUGGAAUAGCAAAGGACUUCAUGCCUUGUUUAUGACCGUGUCUCCUGAAGAAUUUAUGAGAGUAUCAAUGUUUGAAGAAAUCAGGAUGAAAGAUGAUGAAUCAUGUGAUGAGUUUUAUGCAAAAUUGAAUGACAUUGUAAACUCUAGUUUCAACCUAGGUGAAAAGAUUUUCGAGUCAAAAAUUGUGAGAAAGGUUCUUAGGUCUUUGCCUGAGAGAUUUAGACCUAAGGUUACAAUGAUUGAAGAGAGUAUGGAUCUGGACAUGAUUAAGAUAGAAGAACUUGUAGGAUCCCUUCAAACCUAUGAACUCACCAUCUCACAACCUAAGUAA